AGUAUUGAUAAUCGUGCGCCUUGUUUAUGUCUAAUCGUAACAAUCUUUCUGAAUAAUGCGCAUAAAAUAAAAUAUAUGUUCAAUCUACUUUGUUAUUCUAUUUUUAUAGAUCUUUAAAAAAAUGUGGAUACUAAGUGAAUGGCUCUCUCAUCUCGAAUUGGACAAAUACUAUGACAUAUUUGUUCAGAACGAUAUAACAGAAGUAAAGAUUUGUCGUCAGUUGGACGAUAAUUUCUUAAUUGCUAUGGGAGUUCAGAAUGAGAAAGAUAGGAAGCUAAUAUUACAAAAUUUACCUAUCUACGAAGAACUGGUUGAUGAACAAAUGUACGUAGUGCCACCUCCUCCUUCAUCUGAAAGUGAAGAAGAGAAUAUUUAUGUCAAUUCGAAUAAUACUUCUAAAGACGAUUUUAAAUCCUUUAAAGGAAGUAUUAAAAAGCGUCCAAUACCUACUCCUAGAAGAUCAAAGAGCAAGACAAGUACGCCUAAUACGCCUACAAAUUUUAAUAAGCCAAAUUUUGAGGCUGCUAUGAAUUCUGACACUGAAAAUCCUGAAGCACUGUAUUCAUCCCCCGGCUUACCACCUCCUCGACAAAACAAUUGUAUCUUUCUUCAAUCUGGUGAUAUAUAUACAACUUAUAUUCUUGAUAAGAGUACAAAUAGUAAUAAUGACAGUAAUCUAUCUCUUGUCGUUAAUCCUCCUGAUGAAGAAGAAUCCGAGGUAAACGACAAUGCCAAAAAUGAACAGAUUUACUCUGCCGUUGUUGGGCAAGUUCAAAUGCGAAAGAAAGCGUCAGUUAGAGCAGAAGAUCAAAUAAAAAGUAUACUUGGACCGGCACCUGAACUCCCACCAAAAAUUUCUGGUGAUUUAAUUAAGCUGCAAGAUUUUAGAAGCCCAUCUAAUUCUUCGACAUUAUCUUCUCCGAAUAUGCCAGAACCACCCUAUCCACCUCCAGAAUUACCGGAAAAUUUUCAUGUUACAGAUACAAUACCAUUGCCAAUUGAAACUUAUAAGAAUAAUGACUCAACUGAUGAUAGUGACGGAUACUCGAGUGAUGGAGGAGAUUUUCUGGAUGAUAUUUCUCUUACUCUUAAUACAUCACUGCCAAAUACUCUACCAGUUAUGACCCCCUAUAUAGAAGGUAUUCAUAGAGCAGACGAACUCUUCAAAGUUAGCAGUUCAUCCUCGGGAGGAAGGGCCAGAUCUCUCUUAAAGCAUAAUUCAGGAAGGAAAAGAUGGGUUACAUUAGAUUGUAAAUACUUAAAGUAUUAUUCAUUGAAAGAUAAAAGGAUGCCUAGAAGGAUUAUUCCUCUAAAUUCUAUAAAAUAUGAAAACUUCGAAUCUUUGCCAUCGGCGAUAGAUGGUGAUAUUUAUUACUUUUCCUUUCAAACUGUUGACAGAAGUUAUACUUUUGGUGCUGCUGGAAGCCUUAAAGGCCGUCAAAUAAGAGAUUUUUGGAUAACUGACCUUGGUAGAAUAUUAGAAGAGUAUAAAAGGCAAGGUUGGGGCCCCUGGGUAUCAGGAGGAGAAAUGCGCAAUGGGCAAAAAUAUGGAUUUGCAAGAUUGGAGAGUAUUUUUUCGGGAAAGAAAUAUCUUGUACUUAAAAAGACAACAUUUGCAUUCUACAACUCUGAAAUAGACUACAAAGCUGGCUCUCCUAUUAAUUUAAUGGAUAUGAAGCUUGUUUCAACAAAACAAACUUCUAAUAAAUUACAUCUUCGCAGCCCUGAAUGUGGUGAAUUAAUAUUCAGCUUUGAUGACGCGGCAGAAUGUGAAUCUUGGAAUAAAGCUCUAAUGAACGCCACAAGCGACGCUCUAUCAAAUAUGGAUGAAAAUACGGGAACAGCCAACGUUGAUAUUAAUGUUAUUAUAGCUUGUAGUAUUAUUCACAAAUCUGGAGGAAACGAUAUUUGCGCCGAUUGCGGUUCUAUCAAUCCUGAGUGGGCGUCCAUCAAUUUAGGAAUAACUAUAUGCCUAGACUGCUCUGGAUCUCAUAGACAUCUCGGAAGUCAUAUUUCAAAGGUCAAAGCUCUUAAUUUGGAUAAAUAUGUAUGGUCAUCUAAUGUUAUUGGAUUAUUUGAAAGAAUUGGUAAUAAUUACUCCAACAACUUCUUGGAAGCCAACUUGCCAACUGACAUUAAAUUAAUGUUCAAAUUUAGCGGAGAUUUAACAUAUGAGAAGCGUCAACAGUUUAUUACUGAUAAAUAUGCUCAUAAACUUUAUAUACCAUCUGAUUAUAAGAAUAUAUCAAACUUGAAUGAGUUAUUAUGCGAAAGUGUUCAAACUAGAGACGUUGGACAAACAUUUAAAUUAAUUCUUAGCGGAGCUGACCUUAAUUAUCACUGUAAAAGUGGUGAAUUUCAAGGCAAAACUGCUCUAGAGAUUUCGCAGUUAUGCCAUCAACCUUUGCAAGAGCAAGAUGCUGAACACGCCUCUGAAAUAAAUAUAACGAGAAAGAAGAUUGUUUGUCAAGGAACGCUGUAUAAAAUAUUUCCUGGGGCCAAAUCAAUACAAGACUGCCCUAAAAGAUGGUGCAAUAUUCUAAACGACAUCUUUAGUGUAUAUGAAAAUGAAGGGGGUAACCUUAAGGAACAAUUUUCCGUCUCAAAAAUUAUAGCCCUUGGUAGAUCAAAUCUAUUUAAAAGCGAUAGAUGCGAAACAUUCAUUGUACAUAUGGACAGCGAUAAAUUUUAUGUCUAUGGGGCAGAGUGUGAAGAUGAUUAUCGGCUGUGGGUACAAGCUUUCGCCCAGUCUAUUGGACCUACCGCUAUUCAUAAUAAACUGUUUGAUUUUGCUGGACAAGCUUAUGCGCAUAAAGGUGUUAAUGAGGACUGGAAGAUGUAUUGGUUACAGGUUUGUAACAAAGAGUUAUUCAUUUGCGAUUAUGGGUCUGAUCCAAUUUUGGACAAAUUUAAUCUACUUCAAACAAAAAGCUUAGUAAACCAUUUACCAUCAGCUGAAAAUAAGAUAAAUCAGUGUGGUGGAGUAUUUAAGAACGGGUCACACAUAGUUUUAGAUUUGCCAGAGAUUGCUAUAUAUAUUCAGGGAAAUACACCAGAGGUCACUAUCGCCUGGUACGAUUAUUUAAAAUCGUGCUUAGAAGUUGAUUCAAAAGCUCUAUUAGAAGAGCAUCUACAAACUUCAGACAACGUUCCUUUAAUUGUUGAAAAGUGUAUCAAUUUUAUUUCAGCCUAUGGAUUAGAGAUGGAAGGAAUCUAUAGACACACUGGAUCUAUUAAACAAGUAGAUGAAUUGUAUAAACAAUUUUGUAAAGAUGCUACAACCGUUCAUUUACGACACGAAUCUAGCGAAGAUUGUAAUCUGGUCGUAUCCUGCCUGAAAAAAUUCCUACGGAGCCUGCCAAUUAGUCUAAUUUUUUUCGAAACAGACGAAGUUUUAAAGAUACUUGAGAGACCUGAUAAAUUAAACGGCUAUAAAGAACUUAUUGCAAAAUUACCAAUUGUUCAUAGAAGUACGCUAAAGAAAUUUAUGCAACAUUUGAACGAGGUUGCCCGGUACGAUAAUAUUAACAAAAUGAAUAUUGAGAACUUAUCAACAGCUAUAAGCGUUUCUCUGUUUGAUCAUACAGCACUUUUAAAUGACAAAAUUAUGAAAUUUACUGCAGACCUUAUAGGAAAUUUCAAUGUAUUGUUCGAUGUUGAUCUGGAAAAAUUUGAAGCUCAGCAAAGACAAAUUGAAGCUGCCAAAAGAAAGAUGCAAUUUGCUGCAUCGUCGGAGGGAGUCGUUAAUACCCUUGAUAUAAAAGUUUCUAUAAAAGUUUUGAAAAAUAAAGAACCUGAUGCUCGUGGUCAAUUCAGUAUGGAAGAUAUAGCUUUAAAUAUUCAUAGUAAAACGACAGCUGGAGAGAUUUUAGCCAAUGUAAAACGUAAAUUGGCUUUAACGAAUGACAUUCAAUGGGGUCUAUACUAUAUUGUUUGUAAUGGAGAACUUGACUAUUUUUUUCAUAGUACCGAAGAAGUAUAUAAUUUUUUAAUUAAUUCGUGGCCUGAUGAGUUCAAUAAAAACACAUAUAUUUGUGUUAAAGAGAACUAUUCUUAUCAAAGAAUGCCGAAGAGACGCAAUGAAACUGGAUUAAAAUAUUUGUCUGCCGAAGGAUUAUUAUACAGCGACGAGAGGAAUAAGUAUAAACAUUCAGCUGUUGAGUUGAGAAAUUAUAAUCUUGUAAUUACAAAGCAAAAGGCAAAUGAAAGUUUAGAAAUUCCUGUUGAGCAGCUGAUGAUAUUUGUUGGUCUUGAAUAUAAUAGGACACCACCUAGAGAAGAUUAUGACACUAUAAGAUAUAGAUCACUUACUUUUCUAAAUAAAUUAGAUAAGAAUCCAACAUUUAAACCAUUCUUUGGUAACACUGUAAUAUUUGCUACGGAAGAAGACUUAUUUUCAUGGCUCUCCGAAAUAUUUAAUAUUCAAUAUUCGGAUGCUUUAGAGCACAACGUAACCAGAAAAGAUUGUAAAAUUAGCUUAGGAAUUGACGCACAGGGAAAAGUAAAACCCAAACUAUACUCGUCGCCAAAGUGUAAAUUCCCCGAAUUGGCUAAACAUAAUAACAAGAAGAACAAUCAAGCGAUGAUCCAAUUUUGCAAACCCGUAUUCCUAACUCAGUUUAAAGCCAGCUUUGAAGAUGACUUUUAA